AUGGGUUUAGGUUGUAGAGAUUCGAUAAGCAGUUUGCCAGAUGAGAUUNUUGGCAAAAUCCUGUCUUUACUUCCGACAAAAGUGGCUGCUUCCACAUCGGUUCUGUCCAAGAGGUGGAGGAAUCUACUUUGUCUUGUAGACACCCUUUGCUUUGAUGAGUCAAUGGUUGUGUAUGCCAACGAAGAAGAAGCAAAGAGUGGUUCACUUAGCUUCUGUGAUUUCGUGGAGAAAACAUUUGUUCUGUUACGCAAUUCUCCUAUCAAGAAAAUCUCUCUGUCUCACUUACCUAGAUGUGGCUGUGCUAGUGACUACGAUCGUGUUUACCGUUGGAUUUAUACUGCAAUGGAACGUGUACGCGAGUGGAAAAUAAAUCCAUCAAGCGGCUUGUAG